ACAUGAAGUACUUGAAGACAACAACAUUCUUGACCGGUUACUCCCAAAAUGGCGACGGACUCCUUAGGGGUGCUCCCGUUUGUUCGGGGUAUAGACCUUUCCAGAAAUGACUUUACUGAGACAUUCCCCGUAAAGGUUGGUGAUAUGGGGAAUCUACGCUGGCUAAGGCUUGACAAUUCAAACUUGGAUCAGUUACCAAAUACAUUAGGUAGCCUUUCAAAGCUGGAACACCUGUCUCUGGUAAAGAACAAACUUACAUCCCUUCAUGGAGACAUCCCUUCAUUGUCCAACCUUAAGGUCAUAAAUGCAAGACACAAUAGCUUGAAAAAUCAUGGUGUUCCGUCUGAGAUGUUCAAGCUAGAUGACUUGUUGACAGUGGAUUUGAGUCACAACCACCUGGAUGAAGUGCCUGCUGAAGCUGAGAAUGCAACUAGUCUCCUUGUUUUGAAUUUGAGUCAUAAUAGCAUCACAUCAAUUCCAAACCAGCUUUUUGUUAAUCUCACAGAUCUGAUUUAUCUUGAUCUGAGUGACAAUGAGCUUGAAACUAUUCCACCACAAUUGAGAAGACUAACAAAUCUACAAACCCUGAUCCUGAACAACAACCCACUAUUACACGCCCAAUUAAGGCAGUUACCAUCAUUAUUGCAACUCCAUACGUUGCAUCUAAGAAAUACCCAGAGAACAAUCUCAAACAUGCCGCAUAAAUUGGACAACCUUGAAAAUCUUACAGAUGUUGAUCUCUCGCACAAUGAUCUGCCAAGGGUGCCGGAGCCGAUAUACCGAAUAAACAGUUUAAAACGUCUCGACCUCAGCCACAAUCAAAUCACAGAGCUUUCAACCUUAAUUGAUUCUUGGACGAAACUGGAGACAUUAAACUUAUCCAGAAAUCAACUCGCUGCUCUGCCGUCCACCAUUUGCAAGCUAACGAGUUUAAAGAGACUUUAUGUAAAUGGAAAUCAGUUAACAUUCGAGGGAAUCCCCCUUGGCAUCGGAAGAUUGCUGAAUCUGGAGGUGCUCAUGGCAGCUUGGAAUCGUUUGGAAUGUAUUCCCGAGGGUGUCUGCAGGUGUCUCAAGCUGAAGAAACUAAUUUUGCAUUCAAAUUGCCUCAUAACUCUUCCAGAAGGAAUCCACUUCCUGGCAAAUUUGAAAGACUUGGAUGUGCGAAAUAACCCACAUCUGGUUAUGCCUCCAAAACCUGUCUCCCAGAACGAAGCAGAUGCAGAGUUCUACAGCAUCGACUUUUCAUAUCAAACUCAACUCAGAUACGCUGCUGGACACUCCCCCUCGGCCAUACAAAUUUCUAAAGAUCCUAUCGCCAGAAAGCUACGCUUGCGAGGUCGCAGGUACCAAAAUCUCACUGAUACCGAUAAAAAACUGAAGGGAAUGGUAGAAAGCGCUGAAGAAAAUAAAGCACACCACAAGAAUCCGAAGCAAAUUGACAACGAGCCUGAAGGACCACAGUACUUGAAGGGGCGAAGAUGGAACGAAGCUCUUGUCAAGCCUAACUUGAAUUACAGCGAUAUAUUUGCCAGUGAUGUAUGCCAGGAACCAGGUCUCACAUGUUUCCAAAUUGAAAACUUUAUGCCUGUUCAACUCGAUGAAGCACUGUUGGGGAGGUUUUAUGAUGGAGACUGUUACAUAGUCAUCAAGACUGCAUAUGAUGAUUCAGACCAACUGGAAUGGCAAAUUUUUUACUGGAUCGGGCAGCACUCCACGCUCGACAAAAAGGCUUGUUCUGCCAUUCAUGCGGUCAAUCUUCGAAAUCUUCUUGGUGCUGAAAGCAGAACACAGAGAGAGGAACAGGGAGACGAGUCGCCUGAAUUUCUAGAAUUAUUCGAAUCGCCAAUAUCCUAUAUCGAAGGAGGUACUGGCAGUGGGUUUUUCACCGUAGACGAACCGCCACAUAUCACCAAGAUGUAUCGUGUUAUUGGCAUGCAUGGCUUCCAAAUGGAACCGGUUCCUCUAGAUUGGAAAUCUCUCGACCCAAAUUUUGCAUUUUUAUGCGAUGCAGGACAGCACGUAUAUGUUUGGUCAGGGAAAAAGGCGCCAUUGAUGACAAAAACUAAAGCAAGGUUGUUAGCAGAGAAAAUUGUGCGCAUAGAUCGAAAAGACAAAGCCGAGAUCCAUCAAAUGUUUCAGGGCCGUGAAGAUGAUCCGCCAUUUUGGGAAAUAAUCGGUGAACCCAAUGGAGAUGUUAUUGAACACGAAGAAUUCAAUUCUUUCAAACCAAUACGUCCAAUAUUGUAUAAAGUUUAUCUUGGUAUGGGAUAUCUUGAGCUUCCGCAAGUUGAAAUCCCCAAGAAGAGGCUCACACGCGCACUUUUGGAUUCCAAGAAUGUUUACAUUCUAGACACGUGGUCUGAAAUUUUCAUUUGGAUUGGCCGGCGUUCUGCGAGAUUGGUGCGUGCUGCUGCGCUUAAACUCGCGCAAGAAUUGUGUGGCAUGUUUGGACGGCCUGAAAUAGCAACCGUUUCAAGAAUUCUUGAGGGGGUUGAGACUCAAGUUUUCAAGACCAAGUUUUCAGGCUGGGAUGAUGUGCUGGCAGUUGACUUUACAAGGACUGCAGACCGAGUUGCUGAGUUAAGACAGGAUGAGACGAAAGAGGACGGGAAAAGUCUCAUUGCCAUGACACCGCCUCCAAAGACCCAGAAAGUGGACCUUGCUGCAUUAUUUACCGCGCGACAGCCUUCCAUGUCGGAUACAGAAUGCGAUACACUGAUCGAAGAGUGGAACGAAGAUCUCGAUGGAAUGGAAUGCUUUGUUCUUGAAGGAAGAAAGUUUGUCAGGCUUCCUGAAGAUGAGAUAGGUCACUUUUAUACUCAUGAUUGCUAUGUGUUUUUAUGUCGCUACUGGGUGCCUGUUGAGCUUAAGGAAGGUGAGGAGGAGGAGGAAGAGGCCGAGGUGGAGGAGCAAGAAGACGAAUUUCAAUGUGUUGUUUAUUUCUGGGAGGGUCGAGAUGCUGGCAGAAUGGGAUGGCUCACUUUUACUUUUAGCUUGCAGAAAAAAUUUGAGGCUCUUUUUGGAGACAAAUUGGAAGUCGUGAGAACAAAACAGCAACAAGAAGCAUUGAAAUUCUUGUCACAUUUUAAGGGAAAAUAUAUCAUUCACAAGGGGAAAAGAAAACACGAAAGCACAGGGGCAGAACUUUAUCAUAUUAGAUCAACUAUGGGGAAACUAACACGACGUUGUAUCCAGAUCGAGUGCGAUGGUAUCCAUCUGAAUUCAGAGUUCUGCUUCAUCCUCAGAGUUCCAUUCGACAAUGGUAAUGGAGGAAUUGUAUACACCUGGAUCGGAAACAAAACUGUGAGAGAAGACCUAGAGUAUGCAGAAGAGCUAGGCCAAGAAUUAUGGGAGGAAGGGUACUCUGUUCAACUUGUACAGGAAGGUGAAGAGCCGGAGAACUUCUUUUGGCACGGCAUUGGCGGGAGAAAGGAUUACGAAAAGACAGCCGAAUUUUCGCGUUUAGCCCGGCUUUUCAGAUGCUCAAACGAAAAAGGAUUCUUCACCGUCUCUGAGAAGUGUUCAGACUUCUGUCAAGAUGAUCUUGCUGAUGAUGACGUCAUGAUGCUUGAUACUGGCAAGGAGUUGUUUAUUUGGAUGGGUCCUAAUGCAAGUGAUAUCGAGAAAAAGCUGGCUUUAAAAAGUGCCCAGGUCUAUAUCCAGCACAUCAAGGAACAGAAACUUGGGGAACCGCGUCAACUUCAUCUUACAGGCAAACUAAAAGAGCCAUAUCCCUUCACAAGUUGUUUCCACGGCUGGAUAGAGUGGAAACAGUAAUAACAGACCACACUGUAACAUUCUCGUAAGAAACAGUUUCUUAAUGCAAGUAACAUUUCGUCAAAUCCUAGUAUAAAAAUGCCUAUUUAUUUCUUAUUACAAAAAGAUUAACCAAGAGAGAAAAUUUGAAAAUUGGCGCCAGUUUAAAAAGAUUUACUUUCACCUUGCGGCUCUUGUUGAAUCAUAUACCUGUAUAAUUUUUGAUUAUUGUAAAAUGUUAGUAUUUUGUAAUCAAUUAUCGUAACAGUUCCUUUUUAUUAAGAAAUAUUUUAUACUUAGUUGUCUAAAAGACUAAUGUGAAAAAGGUUAUAUUGAUUAAUCUUCUUUAAAUAUCUUUUAUUGAAAGAAAUAUGGUCAUCUCAUUAAGAAGAUUUAAACAUUUUAUUAAAGUUGAUUACCAGAAGAAAUAUUUUUUUUGAAUGGG